UUUUCAUCGAAUUAUUAAAUAAUUUCAGUGAAGCAGAGUUUGUAACUAAUAACAGUGGCCAAAUAUCGUGGGAUUUAUAAAAAAAAGUUUUUUUUUUGUUUUAGUCGAAUGACAUAACUGUCAUUUGUGACCACAAUCACACGAUGGUAUUUUUGAAAAUUUGACAGGAUGGUAUGUUAAAAAGACAUUGUUAUCCACUUUUUGGGCCGUAGUGACGUCCCCAAACGACAAAAUCGGCUAAUAUGUGUGCAUAAUAUUUUUUUAUGAUAUUUUCACUCUUUAGAAGCACAGCGCCACCUGUUGACGUAUUUCGAAGUCGCCCCACCAUCCGCCUCUUUGAUUCUUCGCCGCGUCGGUGGUCAUAUACCCUCAGAGAUUUAACUUCUUUUUAAAGUAUUUGUGAAGUGUUUUAUGUCUAUAAUAAUCUUAUUUAUAUCACUUGCAAUCAUACAUUUAUCCGACAUCAAUUAAUUCGAUAACACCAACGAUCAAAGUCGGCAAAACGCAAAAGGUUAAAAUGUCGGCCAAUGAAACGCGAGCGGUGUGACGUCACGUACACUGCGAUUGGCCGGUAAUUUGAAUGUUGGAUGUGUUUUUCGGUUAGAUGUCGUCGGACCCGGACUCUUCCGACACUUCUCUGGCCACAGCCCCCCAGUUCUGCGCCCCUUCCUGCAAUCUGUGCGCCCCCGAACGGGAUUCCAUGCUUUAUUGCGUGACUUGCACCCAAUAUCUCUGCAAGCAUUGUUAUGUAUACCACGACAUAAACGACUAUUUAAACAGCCAUCGGGUCGUGUUUAUAAGCGAAAUUGCCAAAAUUGACGACUUGGACAAGAUUUUGGGCGAUUUCAAUUCGCCCCUUAACUCAGACCUAGUCUUCAGAAACACGUUGAAGAAUCAAUUCGCAGAGGGCAAGGAGUGCCUCGAUCGGAUGCUCACAAUGUCGGAUUUCCUCCGAAAGCAACUGUUUGUUUUGGAGAAGCAUCGUUCCGAGAGCAUUCGACUCAUCUGUGAAUCCCACAAGCAGUUGGAAUUGUAUUUGCGAAGUCAGAGAGACCAGAUUAUAACGAGUUUGCAAAAUGAAUACGACAGUCUCAAGUUUUCCAUUGGGGCUAAGACACAAAGCGUUGAUGAUACUGUCAAAGAGAUGAUUUUGAAAUUGACCAGAAUUAGGCUCAUGGUUGAGAAUGAUGGCGAAACUGCGAGUGGGUUCGAUAUGGAGAUGGCGGCCAGAAGUGGGUUUGUCAAUGGGCUUUAUCUAGAGGAAGAACCUCUGGAAGGGGCUGGGGCCUUGCCUGCCCAUUUCGACGAUGGAAGCGGCGCUGGUCUCGCUGAUAAUCAUGUAAUUCCUAGCGAACUUCCUAACUUACCUGUAGUCUCAGCACCUCCAAACUCGAAGUGUCACGUUAAUCCUGACCUUUCUUUGUCCAUUUCUGAUCCUGACGAUAUACUUCCCUGUAAUAAUCACGUUGUUAAUUCGUUGCAACUUUGUAAAACAUUCGGGCAAAAAGGAAACGGUUCGGGUCAGUUUAAUUCACCGCACGGAUUUUGUAUCGGGUUUGACGAAGAUAUUGUCGUUGCUGAUAGUAGCAAUCAUCGAAUUCAGGUUUUUGACAAGCGCGGCCUUUUCAAGUUCCAGUUCGGUGUAACCGGCCGUCACGAUGGCUACUUGUGGCACCCUCGCAAAGUAGUCAAAUUGCCACGGCAACGUUGUUUCGUCGUUUGUGAUCGUGGUUACGAACGAUCCCGAAUGCAAGUUUUCACCAAAGAGGGAAAAUUUUACAAAAAAAUUCACCUUCAUUUUAUUGAUAUCGUGGCAGGCGUUGCUGUCACUGAUAAAGAGCAAAUUAUUGUUGUUGACAGUGUCACCCCAACUGUCUUUAUCGUUGGCGAAAAUGAUUUCCUGAGGUCACUUGAUUGCUCGAGGUUCAUGCAAGAGCCCUCGGAUGUUGUUACGCGCGGGGACGAGUUUUUCAUUUGCGAUUUUAAAGCUCAUGCAAUUGUGGUGAUUGACCCCGAUGGGAAUUUUCUCCGCAAAUUUGGCAAUCAACACACGAUCAUGUUUCCAAAUGGCAUUGAUAUUUCCUAUUCUGGGGACGUGAUAGUCGGUGAUUCCCACGGAAAUUACUUCCAUGUUGUGAUUUACUCGGACCGAGGCGAUUUCAUUGCCGAAUAUCGAUGUCCUUUUGUCAAAGUUUCUCGCUGUUGUGGGUUAAAAAUCACAGCUGAAGGACGUUUAGUAACGGUUGAUAAAAAUUAUCAUCAUGUUAUUGUUUUCGAAAGGUUGUUGGUACCCACAGGAUCAUUUUCGUGAGAUAUUUUUAUAUUAUUCAUGUAUUCAUAUAUUACCUCUUUGUUUGUUGUUCAUUUAGGUUUUAAUGACGUUUUUUCCAAAAAAAGUUGAUAUUUAAUCGUAGGAUAAGUUUGUCUAUAUUGUUUACAGUUUGUUUCUAUUACAUAUAAUUUUUUAGUUAUAGGUUUAGUUAUGUUACUCUUGUUCGUUCGUUCGUUCUAAUAAAUUGUUUUUUGCGUUCUUAA